AUGCCCGCCACGACAGCAGAGACGCUGUCGCUCGUGACUCGCACCGUGUCAGUUGCGCCGCUUGUGCUUCUCUCCGCAGCAGAUCACUACGGCCGUCAGGCGAAAGGGACACGGAAACGAGUCGUUGGUGUGCUAUUGGGACAGAACGAUGGCAAGAAUGUCAGAGUGUCGAACAGCUUCGCAGUGCCAUUUGAGGAAGACGAGAAGGACCCGUCGGUAUGGUUCCUGGACCACAACUACGUCGAGUCGAUGAACGACAUGUUCAAGAAGAUCAACGCACGCGAGAAGCUCAUCGGCUGGUACCACACAGGGCCCAAGCUGCGCGCGUCGGAUCUGGAGGUUAACGAGCUGUUCAAGCGCUACACACCAAACCCUCUGCUCGUCAUCAUCGACGUACAGCCCAAGGAGGUCGGCGUUCCGACGGACGCCUACUUCGCUGUGGAGGAGAUCAAGGAUGACGGCACAACGACUUCCAAGACCUUCGUCCACACACCCUCAAUAAUCGAGGCCGAAGAAGCAGAGGAGAUCGGUGUCGAGCACCUUCUCCGUGACAUCCGCGACGUCGCCGUUGGCACACUCUCUACCCGGAUAACCUCACAACUGCAGUCGCUGCAAGGCCUGCAUCUGCGGCUGCGCGACAUUGGACAGUACCUGCAGAAGGUCCUUGAUGAAGACCUCCCUGUAAACCAUGCGAUUUUGGGUAACCUGCAAGAUGUCUUCAACCUCCUCCCGAACCUGUCAACACCGAAGGCGACACCAGUUGGUGAAGCGACGAACGGCGUUGGCGCAGCGGCAGGCACAGCAGGCGCUAUCGACAACGGCGAGCUCGCGCGCGCAAUGAGCAUCAAGACGAACGACCAGCUCAUGGCAAUCUACCUUUCAAGUUUGAUCCGCGCUAUCACCGCUUUCCACGACCUCAUCGAGAACAAGAUCCAGAACAAGCAGGCGGCGGAAGAUAAGGAAGCUAGAAAGGAUGAUGACAAGGACGACGAGAAGGAUAAGAAGGCCGACGGCGUGAAUGGUGAUGCAAAGGAGGGCGACAAGAGCAAAGAGAAGGGCAAGGAUGAGAAGAAGAAGCUUUGA